AUAGAUUACUUACUUUACCGUGACUUAUUAAUGAUCAUUGAUAUGCCUUAAAAUGCACCAAUUAAGUUUCUCUUUCUUUGUGUUUUACUUUCUGGAGUUCAAUAUCAUAAAUGCAAACGAAAUAAAAAUAACCCUACCGCCUAUCACAUGUUACACUAAUGGAUUGGAGAACAUCAAGGUUAAUCCAGAACAUAGUUAUAAAAUCGUCUACAAUGGUGGAAAAAUUGCUAAGUCCUGUGCUUUAGUGGGGUUUUUCGGAUUUGCUGAUGACAAGGACUUCAGGGAUUAUACAUAUCAACAAUGUGUCAGUAUGGAAGUAUUUGACAUCGACUGUGGGUCUACUGACGUCAGCUUACAGUACAGAAUAAGAACAGGACAAUCUGUAGUUAGGCACUUGAAAUUAAGUGCAUGCAGACAUUUAGAGUAGAUUAUGUGAAU